GUAGCAGCCAGAUCGUGGUGGUCUGCACAGCUCAAAACAUACGGGGUUGGAGUUCUUGCAUAUCUCGGCAUAUACCUCGCGGUCCCAGUAGAGUUUAGAUAAGAUCCCAACAUGCAACCAUCGGGGCCGCCAGUAGCAGUAGCGCAUCCGGUUCACCAACCUUCGGGGAUAGCCCAUCGUCAAAGAACAUCUGGUCCUGCGGUCACCAAUGCUCAUGGCCCUCGAUUACCGAAUCUGAACAUGGGUUCGACGACUUCUCCUCCGUACCACCGAACACACGCGAUGGCUUUCGAUCAUCAGAGAAACAUGUCGCAGCAUUACCUUCAGACCGCUCAAUCUCAGGGAAUCAUUAUUCCGGCAUACUCCCAAGCAUACCCGGGCUACAUGCAGCAUCUGCAGCAUCUGCAGCAUCAGCAACAUCAGCAACAUCAGCAGCAGCAGCAGCAGACAACACAUCUUUCGCACGGCCCACCAGACUCCUACCAUCAAAUGUAUAUGCAGGGUACAGGGCCACAAUUGGGGCAUAUUGUGACGGAUCAAUCGACUAUGUAUACCCAGCCUUAUUACCACCAACUGCCGUAUCAUCAUAUGCAAUUAGCGCACGGCCAACAGGCUAUGAGGAUGCAAGUGAGCUCCCAACCUGCCCUGGACUACCGCAGUAUACAGAAUCUCUCCCCAUCACCAUCUCGGUCGAUGGGUGCCGGUGACAAUGGGAAGCGACGGCCCCUACCGUCAACCCAUGAAUUUUCGGCGGUCAUAGUGGACGGCUCUACUCCCAUGAGAUCGGCUAGGCCUCAAGCUCAGGUACAAGGUGAGUUAUCCAAACAAACAUCGUCUUCCCAAGCAUGGACUUUGUUGAAAAAAAGAUGAAUUCUUCAUCAUUGACCUUUGUUUAUCUCAUGAAAUAGUUUCUCCCCCGAAACAAUCGAUACCUGCUGUCACUCCAAGCACCCCCCGAGGACCUCCCCGAAAGCCUAAACAAUCCGGCCACGCUCUCUGGGUGGGGAACCUACCCCCAAGC